AUGCGGAACGCCCGCGCCAUUCCGCAAGCAUCAUCCAUGCGGCCGAUGCCUGAGACGGCGAGCGCGCGGAGCGACGGGGAGCCCGCGGCGGCGGCGGCCGAGGAGGAGGAGGCGGCCGGCGGCGGGGAGGAGACCGUCAAGGUGUUCGUGGCGGUUCCGGAGCAGCACAAGAACGGCCAGCUCACGCUCGCCUGGGCGCUGCGCAACCUCGCCGAUGUGGUCCCCGCGGCCGCCGACGUGAUGGUGGUGGUCGCGCACGUCCACGUGCCGGCGCAGACCAUCCCCGUGAUGGGAAGCAAGUUCCACGCAAGCAAGCUGAGAGCAGACCUGGUGAGCGCCUACAGGCAGCGCGAAAGGUCUAAGGUGGACAAGCACCUCGAGGAGUACAUUCGCCAGUACUCCACAGUGAAGAUCAAGUGUGAGAAGCUUGUGAUCGAGAGCGAAGACGUCGUGAAGGGGAUCACGGAGCUCGUUUCGCUGCACGGUGCGAGCAAGCUCGUCAUGGGAGCAGCCGCUGACAAGCACUUCCCUAGAAAUCCCAGCAAAAUGUUGGUGCCAAGGUCCAAGACGGCACUUGAAGUCAUGCACAAGGCUCAUCCUUCAUGCAAGAUUUGGUUUGUAUGCAGGGAGCAUCUCAUAAGCAUCAGGGAGGAUGGUACUCUCAGAAGCCCGAUACCAACUCCGGCUAUCGUACCCGCACGUCGAAGCCCGAUACCAGCUUCAACUAUUGUGUCCGCACGUCGAAACCGAUACGCGAGCAGUAAUAAUGCAGUUGAUAGCUUGAUCCAGAGGUCCAUGUCCGAGAAAGUAUCGCCCUUAUGGCUGCCUUGUCGGUCAGCCAUACGAAGAACCCUUAGCAUCCUCAGCAUGGAGCACGUCUCCGUGGGCUCCUGGGACAGCAACCCAAGAGAUAGCGUCCCGAGCUCCUGCCGCGAGGAGGCGCCGAGCGAUUCCUCCAGCCCCUUCGAACUGCCGAUAGACGACGUCUUCGUGAUCCAUCACAACAUUGCACCGUGCCACGAUGAUCAGGCCAAGAAAACCGAGGAUGUGCCCAAGCUGAAGGAGGACAUAGCCAAGGUACAAGAGGACAUGCCACUGUCCAAGGAAGAGGUGGAGGCACUCAAACGCGAACGUGACGACGCCAUCCGAAAGCUCUCCGAAGCCGGUGAAGCCAAGGGAGAACUGGAGCAGCGAGUCAUUGAUCUCGAGGAGCGAACAUCCCUCCUCGACUCGCAGCUCAGGCUCGCGGAGGAGACGCGCACCACGGGGCCAGGCUUGGAUUUCGCAUGGUGCAGCGAGUUCUCCCUGUCGGAGCUGCGGCAGGCGACGCGGAACUUCAGCGACGCCACCAAGGUCGGCGACGGCGUGUACAGAGGGGUGCUGCGCAACACCACUGUGGCGAUCAAGAUGCUCCACUCUCAUAGCUCGUCACAGUUCCAGCAAGAGGUUGGUGUUGUAAGCAGAGUGAGGCACCCAAACCUGGUGACGCUGAUGGGCUGUUGCCCGGAGGCUUCGGCUCUCGUCUUCGAGUUCCUGCCAAACGGGAGCCUGGAAGACCGCCUCGCCCGUCGAGACGACACGCCGCCGCUGGCAUGGCAGGCCCGCACGCGGAUCAUCGGCGAGGUGUGCUCCGCGCUCGUCUUCCUCCACUCGUGCGAGCCCCGCCCGGUCACCCACGGCGACCUCAACCCGGCCAACAUCCUCCUCGACGCCAACCUGGUCAGCAAGCUUGGCGACUACGGCGCCUCCCGCCUCCCGACCAUGACCGACCCCGGCAGCUCGCCAUGCACGGACCCGGAGCUCCUGAUCACCGGGGAGCUGACGGCGGACUCCGACGUGUACUCCUUCGGCGUCGUCGUGCUCCGGCUGGUCACGGGGCAGCCGGCGCUGGGCAUCGCGAGGAAGGUGGAGGAGGCGCUGGAGAAGGGCGAGAUGGAGGCGCUCGUCGACCGGUCGGCCGGGGAGUGGCCGUUCCCGCAGGCCGAGAAGCUGAUGCUGCUCGGCCUGCAGUGCGCCGAGCUCAGCAGCAGGAAGCGCCCCGCGCGGAUGAGCCAGGUGUGGAGGGUCGUCGAGCCUCUGGCGAAGGCGGCUUCCAUGCCAGUCGCACCAGAGUCUCCUGUGCAUUCGUUCGGUGAGAGCCACAUGCCGUCCUACUUCAUCUGCCCAAUUUCUCAGGAAGUUAUGAGGAAUCCUCACACGGCAGCAGACGGCUACACCUACGAGGCGGAGGCGAUCAAGGGGUGGCUCGAUAGCGGGCACGAGACGUCCCCGAUGACGAAGAUGCCUCUCGCGCACCGUCAUGUCACCCCGAGCUACGCUCUUCGGUCCGCCAUACAGAAUUAUAUGCAGCAGCAUCAACAAAAGAUGCCACCGCGAUCGGUCCGGUCAACUUGA